UUUUAUUGUGUUUCUCAUCAGUACAUGUUAAGUUAAUCAUCUUUGCAUGGUUCUUAUUUGGGUGCUAAUGUGUGUAGUACUGUAAAUGUGUGUGUACAUCCAGCGGACAAUACUUUGCCCCCUUUGCUCUCUUCGGAGCCAGUGUUUGGUUUGUUGCCCCCUAUGUUCAUAUGGAGGGCUCAUUCUCAGCUAACAAAAAUAAGAGUUAUAUAAAUACACUGAUGGAAGUGUAUAUUUGAUUAUAUUUCUGAUAAAAGAUCCCCUUAUCUUAUGAUAUAAUGCAGUCCACUAAAAUAAUUAAAAACAUAAAAGUAGACACAGGGAAUUUAGAGAAGCAAGUGAAAGUCGGUGGUAGUCAGUCUGCAACAGCAGUCCACCCAGGACGACUUCAAGGCCGCCGUCCGGAAACAUGCCAAACCUCGGCGGGGGCUCCUUCCUGGGCAGUGCCAUCCAUAGAGCCAACCAGCUGUUUCGAGCCUCGUGCCCCGGCGUGAGGAAUGUGGCUGUGGCUUUGAUGGACGUGCAGGCCGACUCCCAGGAGGAGCUGCAGUUUGAAGAGACGGCAACGGACGCUCAUGUGGAGGGGGUUGAGAUGUUUGUAAUAGGUGUUGUGAGCAGGACCGACCCUCUCUAUGAAGGAGUCAUUGCCUCCGAUCCCGAUAAAGGGCAUGUCUACAUCAUAGAUGACUUCAGGGCACUCCCUAGUACAUGAUGCACAUUGUCUCAAACAAUAGCAACACAGUCUGUUUUGGGUUCACAUGGAGCAGAGCGGUUGUGCAGCCUGACAGCAGCAGGAAGGAAGGUGAAUUAGUCGGUGGCUGAAGGAGAUGUCUAGAGCAGAUCACAGGAUUGGCGGUUCAAUUCCAGCCUUCGCUAGUCCAUGUCCUUGGGCAGGACACUUAAUUGCAAAUUGCUCCAGAAUUGCUGUUCCUAGUGGUAGUUACAUUGUCCUGAUGGACAGGUGGCACGGUAGCCAUUAGUGUAGGCAUGUGGUGAAUAGCACGUACCAGUCCAUUUGUCUAUUGCAUGUAUAGUGUGUGUGUGUGUGUGUGUGUGUGUGUGUGUGUGUGUGUGUGUAUAAUGCAUGUAUGGUUUACUUAAGCAAUAAGGUACGAGAGGCUGUACUUUAUCGUCCAAAUAUGUAACAGUUUGAGUUACAUAAUUAGACAAUAAAGUACUGCCUCAUGCUUUUGCUUUUAUAAUACGGUUACCAGCGAAAUUAUAAAUAGUAAGUAAAUCGCUGCCUUUCAGUACAAAAUUGUAUUAGCCAGCAACCGUUGUGAAUCGCAUUUCGGUAGCCUAGACAAAAAUAGGUGACCUGUGACUCAGUCUCAACCAAUCACAACGAUGGAUUUCAUCUCCCCGUAUUAUAAAUACGCAUUAAAGCGUCUUAUUCUGGGUUAAGUACAACCUGUACCGCUUGACAGAACAAUGUCAUUAUUUGUUUU